GCGCGGUGACCAUGGCAACGGCGACGCCGCGUUGACCCAAACACAUGAACCAAGUUUCGUGUGUAUGUGUGUGCGUGCGUGUACAUAUAAAUCACUCGCCACCCUCACAGAUUAUAACACAAACAACAGCGCGGAUAAACCACACGCGCGUACCGCAACGGUCAAAGUUAUCCAAAUCUGAGCCCGAGCGUGGAGCGCCCCGCUCGCUGCCCCAUGGCGCCCAGCGUUCCUCGCGGCCGUGCGGCCGGAGAAGCGGCCUCCCCGGGUCUCACGGCGGCCUCCGUCCCCACGGCGGCCCCCCCGGGUGCCACGGCGGCCUCCCCGAGUCGGCGGACGAGCGCGCAAAUUGUGAGCGAGGCCCGGGCCCUGGUCCGCGCCCUGGAGACGCGGAGGCCGCGCACGCCACGGGAGGCCGAGCGCCGCCUCUUCGGCCCCCGCGGCGGCGUCGACGGCAGGAGUCUGGACUCGCGUCCGAGCUCAGCCGUGAGCCUGCAUUCACACCACUUUGAGGUGAUGGAGCAGAGGCCCACAUCGCGCACUCGUCUCGCUCCACUGCAGCAUCAGAAGCCCCGAGUAUCCUCAGAUUCCCUGGACAGGGACCCUGACCAGGACCCCCUCCCCAAGUCGCUGGGUGACCCCCGCGAGGUGGCACGGGUCAGCCGCUCCCGUGCCAGGCUCUUCCGCGCCGCCAGUGCAGGGCACGUGCUGCCGGACAAGCCAACCCCGCCACACGAUGGUGGACUGAAGAGGAUGCGCAGCGAUCUGGGUUCACGGGACAGAGCCCACCUUGCGCCUGUGGCUGUGGUCGAGGCCUGGGGGGAGAGGCCCCCCGAUAGAGGGGGCCGCCCUCCGAGCUCUCCUGACCCCCCCAGCUCUCCCAACACUCCCAGCGCGCCCGACUCCCCCAGCUCUCCCGACUUCCCUACGGAGGCUGCCUUUUGGAGUUCGCACGUCGCUCCACUGCUGACCCAGCUCGAGGCCUACUCCACGGAGGGCGACCGGCCGCAGGUCGAGGAGGAGGGGCAGGAAGAGAGGGCGGAGGUCGUGGGGCGGCUAUGUGGCGUGUGCGAGGAUCUGGGGGCCGUGCUUGCCCGGGGGGGCAUGUUGGCCCAAAGGGGCGGCCACGGCAGGGCCGCCCUCCUCCGCGUCCUGUACCGCCUGGUGGACGUCAACUCGGACCGCCUGCUGCUCCAUGUCAUCAAGCUCAUUCUCUCGAUUCAGGUCAAAGACAAGAACCUCCUCAACGUGUGCAAACUUGUGUUCAAGAUCAGCCGCACAGAAAACAACGACCUGCUCUUCCUGCAAGUGGGAAUCGUGGAGUUGCUGUUAGGGGUGCUGGGCGACCCAGAUCUGGCGGCGAACGUGGAGGCUCUCACGUACUGCGCGGGAGCUGUGAAGUUCCUCGCCAACAGCGGUGGCAGUGAUGGCGGUGAUGGUGGCGGUGCACUGGGCGCCGAGCUGCUGGCACGCGGGGCCCUGGACACACUGCUGGGCCUCCUCGCUCGCGCCAACACUGCACUGGCGGACAAGGCGAUGGCGCACCUGCUCGUGCAGGUGACAGCGGCUGUGCGGGGCCUAGCGGACGCCCCGGGAGCCUGUGGCUUCUUCCGUGCGGCUCGGGCGCUCCCCACACUGUGCACGACGCUGGAACGCUACGAGUGCGACGCCUGCGUUUGCACCAACGUCCUACGUACAUUUAGCAAAGUGACGGAUCGCAGCGAGGGCUGCCGUGAACUGGCUGCGGUCGACUCGUCUCCCAACAUCCUCAUCGCUUUGCUGCACAAGUUUCCACGCAAACAGGACCUGGUGGUGCGCGUGUGUUACACGCUGGGGAACCUGGCGGCGCGCAGCGAGGCCGUUCGCGAGCGUCUGUGGCGCCACGCCUCCUGCCUGGACGUGCUGUUGCAUGUCUACGCGCUCCAGCUGCAGCGCCAGCCCGACACGGACCUGGCUGAAGACGUACUUGUGAAGCUACUGCGUGUGCUGGCAAACCUGUCCCUGCACCCUGGCUUGGGUGCAGCUCUAGCCAGCCACCCCCGCUGCAUCCAGCUACUCAUCUGCACCCUUGAGAGCCCGGGCGUGCGGGAGCGCGAGGAGAUCGUCUUGAACGCUGUGGCGACCGUUAACAACCUCUCCUACCACAUGGGCCCCGGUGCCACGCUGCAGGGCCAGCAGCUGCGCAUCGCAGAGUUGCUGCUCAUGCCCCUGCUGGGCCCUGGGGAGGAGGGGGUCCUGGAGGCAUUGAGGGCCCUGGGGAACCUGUCCCAGAGCGCGGCCGUGCGGGAAUUACUCCACCAGCACCACGUGCCGGGGCUGCUGUUGGAGCUGUUGUCCGAGGGCUCCCAGGACGUGUGCUACUCGGCAGGGGGGGUACUGCUCAAUAUGAGCAGCACCGACGAUGGGGGGGCAGGGCGGCUGCUGCAGCUGGGAGCCAUGGAGAGGCUGCUCAGCUGCCUGCAGCGCUAUUGCCGUGGGGACUGGCAGCUAGGCGGCCUGCUGUGCAAAGUGCUGUGGAACUUUAGCCAAGGGCCUGCUGCCACCGGCACCAGCGGAAAAGGCGGGGGCCUGGAUCCCAGCGACACCACGCGCCUGCUUGCCACGCUGCACCUCCUCCUGGACGAGCGGACGGCGCUGGUGAGUGCGCCACUGGGCGGUGGGGAACCCGGGGAGACGGUGCAAGGAUACCACCGGCAGCUGUGGGAAGCAGAGUUUGUGCCGGUGGCGCGGAGGCUGCAGAAGAGAGUGCAGAGCCAGGCGGCGCCGCUGCUGCUUGAACCGCUGUGACAUCGUCGUCACCGUGUAAAUCUUCACACUCGCACACACAAAGCCAGGGGUGGCGAACCUACAGCUCCCGACCUCAUUUUACCCGAUCGCAAACCACCACUUCUUUUCAUACGGCCACAUGUUAUCUUCCACUUCAAAAUAGCCCGCUAACAAUACUCAUCCGUCACCAGCAGUAGGUUGCCAAAAGGGCAGUGUAUACCAAGUCAGUGAUUUCCUGCUCAAAUGAACGUGGAGGUGGUGGGCAUCUCCUGUUUACGGCCGAACCAGUCGUGGAAAUUCCUCAUCCCUAUGGCCGGGGCGAGUCCAACAAAGUGGUUCAAAUUUUUUGACCCCAGAGAGAUAAUGGGCUGAGUCAACCCCCAACCAGCCAGUCACUAUACUGCCGGAAUACAGGAGAGACUUAUAACCAGAGUACCAACACACACACCCUCUGACAUCACCACAUCCAGUUCAAAAGCAAACGGUGUGCAAACUACGAUUUGAGUUAUGCAAGAUGUGUUUAAAUGACUCGUCGACAAUCUCCGAGCGCGUGCUUCCAUGAGUUACAACAGCAGCUUGUUGCCAAUGUCAUUAAAAUAUACGACCGGAGAUGUGGUGCUGGCCACGGCACGAUUUCUUGUGAAGCAGCACAUGCAAAGACACUGUGACCUAAGCUGCAAAACACAUCCCUCCUCCAUCAUUCGCCAAGUAAACAACGAGGCAGUCGCUCCUGAUUGCAGUAUAAGUAUUUAUUACAUAUCAUACAAAUUUAAACCAAAUUUAAAGUAAUGAAUUGAGCACACAAUUAAGGCGUAACACAAUAAUAACAAAUCUCCGCUUUAAGCUUAGUGCACACCACAGUGGCGACAGCUGGACCAUACAGUCCCAGUCGCACGACAUCAACUUCACAGACAAGCGCCAGCAACUAAACAUCAAGAAAUAUCACUCGCAUGCUGCUUACACGCGCAAUAGCGGCAGACAACAGUAAAACAUAUAGGGGAAACGCUAAGGCUUUGCACGUUAGCUCCGCAUUCUCAAGUAGGGCUGUUAAUUUGGGUUUCUUAGCGUUAUGGAUAAUCUCAUGCAAAAAAUAUUACAAUUUAAAAAGAAAUUAUCGGUUUGUCAAAUGUUACCAGCUCGCACUGGCCAGCAUGGUGAAGUAUGGUCAAAUGAGCCCCAUGACUGACAAGGUGUGGCGAGUAAUUCAUCCAUCGGUGGACUGUGACAGGGCUGUAAGAUUGUUUUCUACAUUCCGUGUAUAGAAUGGGUUGCCGUACGGCUUGAACGUAGUUUGCUAGUCAAUUGGCUCGAUUUGUAACCAAAGUUGGACUGGAUUCGAUUAUUAUCGAGUCCACGAUUUUCAGACGCAAAAAUGUAUUUCGUAAAUGAAUUGGAAAAAAAAAAAUCAAUGACCGAAUAACAACCCCAUUCUAAAGUAACCGCACGUAAAUAGGAGAAACAGCCGCUAUGCUGCCAGCCUGGCUUUCCCAACCAGGCGGGAGAUUGGAGAACUUCUCAGAUGCACCGCGGGUGGGAACCCAACCGCCCACACCCAUAAUGUAGGCGAGAGCUGGGCUGGUUUAGGGAGUUUGAAUGUGCAUGGUCUCCCCUCCUCCGCCUCCCUGUUAGGCCCAACUUAAGUGAAACUGCAAUGGCCACCGCUGCCCAGGCGGAAGGAAUGGCCUCUACCCCCCCCACCCCUGCAGACAUCCGGCCCCGCAUGGGGACAUGCACCGUGCUGCCUCCACACACUACAGCAGCAGUGGUGCCACCUGUGACAGUGGAGACACCACUGUGCAUAGUGUCACCACAGUGAUGGUGCCACUAGUGGCGUCACCACUGACGUUAGUCAUGAUGUCAUCACAAGAGUGAUGUCACCACUGUGCAGGUGUCACCUCCAAGUGACGUCGCCAUGUGUGAUGCCGACAGUGGUGCUAUAAACAUCACUGCAGCGAUGUCACCACCGUGGUGACGUCACAUCUCGUGAUGUUACCACCAUAGAGAUGUCAUCGUCAUCGCGAUGCAGAUGUCACCACUGUAGUGUUAACUGUUAAGUUUCUGCAGCUGUGGUUUCCUGGGCUCCAGGCCAAGAGCUCCUGGGUCAGUGCGCCCGGAUCCACAGCAAACCCCACACUACAGUAUAAAUUCUUUACACGAUUGUCUAUGAACAUACUUUGUAGCAAAGCUUUACUUACAAAAUUACAUCUUUAAAAAAAAUCAGCUCAUUACAAAAUAGUUGCAUUACUCACAGAUUGUCUUAGUACGAGAUUACACAAUAAAACCCGAUAUUUUGACACAAACUAGCUCAGUUAAGACCACAAGCCUCGCGAGACUUUAAACCGCUCGCCUACCCCCUGAACCCCCACAACAGGCACGUCACCGUAUGUUCCGCUUCCCGCCCGCGCUGUUCCCGCCGCACGGUUAUUGGCUCAAACGAUUCCAUUUGUGUCUCAUUAGUGUUCCGGCCGGCUCAGCCAAUGCCUGCACCGCCUCCGUGGAGGCAACUGAAGGAAUCCUCCCGUCGGUCGUUCCUGCAAUGUGUCCUCCAAAAACUGGGCUUAUUCAGGGGUGGCGUUCCCCAGCAUAUCUGCUUUCUUGACACACCCCCAUUACUACCAUGAAGACGAAAUUAUGGACUCCUUUUUUUUUAACAAACAUCUGUCCUUCCAUUGAUGGAUGAAGGCAAUCUCAGAGCCAUGUCGGUUCAGUUGCUUAUCUGAACAAACUUCACAAUGUGUGGUGGCCCCAGACUGCUUUGGUUAUCACUGUUCCAAAAAAAAUUGUUAUUUCAAUGAACACCAAAUUUAGCCCAAGUUUUAAUGUUGUCGAUACUGCCUUCUAUAUCAUAAAUGAAACAAGCAAAAUGGUUUAAAAAAAAAGCAAACCAAAAGAAUGAAUAGUACAGCAAUUACUGUGCAGUAUGGUACGAAAUCAAGACUGCCUGGCGCACGAUGCGUCUGCGUGGAGAUGAAACUGACCACAAGGAAGCGUUGCUCUGCGCGCCGUUCAGUUUUUGAACUUUGGCAGCGCGAUUUUCAAGUUCCGUUUUUCAGUUUUUAGGGGCCUCCAAAAAUAUUCACGACAGGACACGGUCUAUCCACCCAUAUUAUUUCGAGGACACACUGUACCAUUCAAAUGGUAAAUUGAGGGGUGUCCUAGAAGAACUUAAUAACCCGCAUAUAUAGUCAAUAGAACUCGCGCUAGUGUCACUGGAACACUUUACAAUCCAUUUUUUGGAUUAAAAUUCAUUUUUUUAUCAUAUCCACAGAUGGCUGCACAAAGAACCUAAUAAUUUGUUUGAUCAACUUCAUCCACCUCUCAACAACUACUUUCUCUACCAAGAGAUGUUGUGGGUUAUCACGUUGUUCCAAGACACCCCGCAAUUGUAGGCAUGUAACGAUGCAUCAAUUCAUCGAUUAAAAUCUAUAAUUGCUAUGAAAAUUA